AUGGUAGCCACCGAUAUCAAGAAGCGAAAAAGACCCAGCUAUGUGUGUACCAACUGCAAGAAGAAGAAAAUAAGAUGUGACAAGGACUUACCUUGUGGACAAUGUGUACGCGCUGAAUGUGCUUCAUCGUGUGUGUUUGAAGUCAGCGAAAAUAACCGGAUCGAGAAAAAAUCUCCUCCUAGUAUGCCUUAUAUGGUGUCGGCGAAACGGCCCUUAGAGUUCAAGAAGUCCGAAAAAGUGUCUCGUAACGGAAAUCAAAAUCAAGAAGAAGAAGCUACCUCGGAGCUUGCCAUGCUUAAAAACAAGAUCCGAGAAAUCGAACAAAAACUUCAAAAUAAUGAAGAGAACACACAACAGCCUCUUCCUCAUAUCAGGGAUAGAAACGUCUAUAUUCCUGUUCAAACCAAUGGCAACAGAUCAAACUUUUCGAGUGUGCAACUGCCAUUAAAUUUCAAACGAGACUCUAUGUCGAUUCCCAGUAUCACGUCCUCCGAACCACGAUUUCCCUUUGACAUGUCCAACGGUACCUCGUCAUCGCCCUCUAGCUUUCAACUGCCUGGAAUAUUCGGCAAAGAUCCAUUGGUACAGCUUCCCCCUCUCAAAAGUAAUGCACAUUCAUCCGCCUCGACCUCGAGCUCACACUCCACGUCUGCGACGUCACUCCUGGGGAGCCCUAAAAACCAAAGUGUUUCGUCCAAUUCUCCCAUCAGCGAACCAUGCUAUGUCGAUGUCCAUGCUUUGACCGGCAAAAACCCAUACCGCAACCACAACGAUGUGAUUAAUUUCUACGCCAACUACACAUCAAUACACGAAAAGGACUCUUUGAGAAGAAUCAACUUUGGCCCUUUUGCCUGGGCUACCCUCAUGAGGCGAGAUUUGGGCUUGUCCAUCCUUUGGGACUACAUUGUGGAAACGAAUGAUAAAAAUGCUGCAUCACACAAUACUGCUGUUUUCUCAUCCAACAAAGCCAUUAAUUCCUACGUCAAUUCUAGCGGUAAUAAUCCAGACAUGGCUUUUGAAAAACGUGCACUAGAAGCUGAUGGAUAUGACGAUCUCUUAUCGUAUGAGAGACGAAAACAAAUGAUAGCUAAGAAAAGCAAGAUUAAUCAAAACACAUUACCACUAGGGCUCACCUUCUACGAUGGAAAUCUAGACAGAGAACUUCAGUUGAUAGACAAGAUCAAGAUAAUUUUACCCAAAAAGAAGGUUAUUUGGCUCUUGGUUCGGAGAUUUUUCACCAAACUAUAUCCGUAUUUACCUUAUGUGGACGAGGUAUAUUUUAAAACUGCGAUUUCCAUUAUAAUCGGUGAAUUCUCACUUGAAAAUGAACCAAUAACCAACUUAAGAGUCGAGAAAAGACUCGAUUUGGCGCAUGUCGGUAUCCUUUUAAUAAUGCUACGCUUGUCGUACUUGUCCUUGUUCUCAAACAAAAAUUCAAUUAAUGAACGGAACCUUAAUAGUGAGGCACCUUGUGCCGACAAAGAAGUACAAUAUCUUCUUUCCAAUCCUAUCAAUUUUGAAACUAUCGAUGUGGCACAACUUUGCUUGGACCAAUUUCAACUUCUCAGAAGAGCAAAUGUAACGGUGUUUCAAUUGGCAAUGUUUAUGCGCAUAUAUCACACGUAUGCACCCGAGGACGGCGAUGGAGCAGAUGGAGGCGAUUCACAGGUCAUGACUUCGAUGUUGAUUCAAAUGGGUUACUCUCUCGGCUUUCACCGAGAACCCACAAAAUUCAAAGAUGCUUGCAAUGACAGAAAGAUAAAUCAUCUUGCAAGAAAGAUAUGGCUCUACUUGGUUGUUUCCGAUAUCUACCAAGCACAGUCAUUUGGCAACCCAUUGAACAUUGACCCCAAUUCGUUCGAUACCAAAGUGCCAUGGUACGAAGCGGGAUCAGAAAAUAUCGUUGAUACUAAUCGAGAUAAACUCGUCACAGCAUCUUUCUUUCACUGUGCAAGUGGAACAUUUGCUCUUCGAGAAAUUCUUGAUCGAGUUUUAGAUGUCAAAAAUGGUGUCAAUAUGGCAGAGCUUUGUAAGCUUUUGAGCAAUCAUGAACUGUCAAUGGUAGAGACAUUUGGAACUCUUGAGGAAUGUUUGAAGCCAGAGCAGAUACCGGGUGCUGAAUCAACCUUGAACAUGAAGGUGAAAUUCUAUUUGUCAUUGAAGGCGUUUUACAUUUCAAUUUACUUUCACUUGUAUCAUUUUUAUGAGCAUCGUGAUAUAGAAUUGUGCUAUUUCUAUGUCAAAAAGUUGAUAUUGAUCGCCAUUGGUGAUAUAAUGCCCAACUACUACGCCCUUCUUGGUGAAAAUGAAAGUGUGUUUGCUCUUGUUGUCAAUCCCACAUUGGAGCUGGUUAUUCAUAGAACCAUCGAGAUUCUACUUGCCUGCAUUGUUAGGGUCAAUUUCAAUAUUCACAAUGCAAAGGAUAAUGCAGAUCAUGACAAGAACAUGCAAGUCGAUAAAGCGUACAGACACGCUUUCAAUACAAUGUGCAGACUCUCAUCUGCAAUGACCAGAUGUGCCGAAGUGGCUAUAUCAGCUAUUCUGAAAAUCAGUAAUCGGUAUUAUUACGCCUGGCGGAUAACCAAAUCGCAGACGUAUUUGUUGCAAGCUGUCACGUCCAUUGGUUUCUAUUCAAGUAACUAUCGCAUAGCUCAAGACUAUGGUUUGUGCCUGAUGGCAUUUGGGGUCGAAAUGAUGGAGGAAUUAACCACCAUUUGCGAAUGUACUCUACUGAAGCUCAAGUGCGAGCUGACCAACGACGAAUGCGGCUUCAAUCCCAAGUCGAGUGUAGCAAACGAUAUUGCUCGGUCAGCACAGAAUUCUGACACUUUAGGCUUCCCACCGUUAAUAUCUUCACAUGCGCACCCUACUCCGAUGUGGGAUAAGGAACACACUCCGUAUGAUUUCCGGGUGGAUUAUGUGAACAACCAAGAAGUCGAUAAUUUGUGGCUCAAUAUGUUGGCCUUGAAACAAGAUAGUAACAUCGAUGGAGGUACGCUGCUGUACCAAAAUGCUGAUAACACGUUUGCAGAUGGUAAGAAUGAGGACGAUUCCAAAAAUGCAAGCCGUUGGAACCUUGCUCCCGAGCAGGGCAUUGAAUUUGAUAUUUUCAGAAAUUUGGGAUUUGAUCGUUUAUUUCAGGGGUCGGAAUAA